GCCUGCCCCUGGACAGCAGGAGAGACCAGAGAACACAGAAGAAGGGUCAGAGAGAUCCAAACCACAAAGAACAGAGCCUAAACCUGGGAAAGAGACCAAGAAACUCCUAGGUGGCCAUGAAGGUGCCUGGAAGGAGGGGCUAAAGCAGUUGGCAGGCUGUUUAGUUCAUCUGGGAACUGGUCUUGCCCUGCAUUUCCACAUGUCCCAGAGGCCUCAACCUUACCACAAGAGCACCCAGCCAGAUGUCCUUCCAGCAGCUCCCGGUAAUACCCAAAAGGAGACCCCAAGCUCUCCGUCCAUUCUCCACAGUCACCGGGUCAGCACCCAAGAACCCCUGCCCACUCUCCAUAAUCGCCAAGUCAGCACCCAAGAACCCCUGCCCACUCUCCACAAUCGCCGGGUCAGCAUCCAAGAACCCCUGCCUACUAUCCACAAUCGCCGUGUCAGCAUCCAAGAAUCUCCACUAGUCAACAGUCGCUGGGGCAGUAUCCAAGACACACUGUCCAUUAUCAACAGUCGCCGGGUCAGUACUGAGAACACACCAGCCGCUGUUAGCAGUCGCCGGGUCAGUAUCCAAGAUGCACCAUCAGUUACCUACAGUCGCUGUUUCAAUACCCAAGAUGUUCCACCCAUUUUCCAAACUCGCUACUUCAGCAUUCACAAUUCUCUGUUAAUUACUCACAACUCCCUGACCAAUAUAGAGUCAGUUACCUACAGCAGCAGUCCAGCCAGUAGCAAUAACCAUGGGACAACAAGCUGGAGUCCCUGCUCAAGUAUUCAAGGCCUCACAUUGCCAAUCCAGGCCAAAGUCGAUGCCCUCCCUUCAAUUACUCACAGCCCCACGGCCAGUAUCAAAAGCGUCGAUUCAAUCAUCUGGACCUCUCAGGAGAGUUUCAGAGGCUCUGUGGACAGCGCCCAAUUCAACAAAAGUACUCUAGACAACAAUAUCCAGAGCAUACAGUCAAGCAGAUCCAAUGAGAUCCAUUCUGGCGGGUUUCAGAACAAGGGUAGAUACAGCCAUUCACAGCUGCCCAUGGGCUGGCGGCUGCUGCAUGGAGCCAAGAAGAUCAGCCGCCAGCUGAGCCUGGCACUGAGCCUGGUUGGCAUGAUGAUCAUCGCUCUCAUCUCUCUGGGCCAGCCCUGGAUCCACUUCCAGGUGCCACUCAGACCUCCUGGGCACCCUGAUGGCUCCUUGACCAUCCCCAUCAACACCAUCCUCUUUGUGCGGUGCCCUGACGUCUCCUGCCUACAUGAGUACGACCAGAAUGCUUAUUUGUUGGACUUUGCCUGGGCCUUUCUCCUCCUCGCCAGCAUCGCCAGCUUCUGCCUCUGCAUUUUACUCAUAAACAUCAUCUUCUUCACCAGCUCCAACGUGCCCUUGCUGGACUUCUCCAACGUCAUCUUCAGCAUCCUGGCAGGGACCAGCAUCAUCUUGGGUAUCCUGUUCUACCUGAUGCAGGCCAGUGGGUACCUGCAGGAAGGCAUGACCUACAGGCUGGGGCGCAGCUUCUACCUGGCAUGGAUCGGCGUCUUUCUCUUCCUGAUGACUGGUUUCUUUUCCUAUCUGAACUACAUGAAUUUCUGGUCCACCCUGGCGCUCCAGGCCAUCUGGACUUAGGACAUGGGAAUGACUCCAACACUCCAGGCCUGUUCCCAUGGCUCCCUGCCAAGUACCUGACAACCCUGCUCUCUAGUUGAGAGUCUUGCCCUUUUCAGUCCCCUCUGAAUACCCCCGCUCGGAU